CUGAGGGGGUGCAUGUUUCUGCUAGGCAUUUACCACAUCUCGAUUAUUCCGUGAGAACAGGUGGAAAAUGAGCAUCACAGAUGUCCUCAGCGCUGACGACAUUGCAGCAGCCCUGCAAGAGUGCCAAGAUCCAGAUACCUUUGAACCCCAAAAAUUCUUCCAGACAUCGGGCCUCGCUAAGAUGUCGGCCAGUCAGGUGAAGGAUGUUUUUCGUUUCAUAGACAACGACCAGAGUGGGUACCUGGAUGAAGAAGAGCUGAAGUUUUUCCUCCAGAAGUUUGAGAGUGGUGCUAGAGAACUGACCGAGUCAGAAACCAAGUCCUUGAUGGCAGCUGCAGACAAUGACGGAGAUGGGAAGAUCGGGGCUGAUGAAUUCCAGGAAAUGGUACAUUCUUAA